AUGGUUAACUUCACGAUCGAGGAGAUCCGGGCGCUUAUGGACAAGCCUACCAACGUCCGUAACAUGUCCGUUAUUGCCCACGUCGACCACGGAAAGUCUACCCUUACCGACUCCCUUCUGUCCAAGGCUGGUAUCAUCUCCACCGCCAAGGCCGGAGACGCAAGAGCAACGGAUACGCGUGCAGACGAACAGGAGCGUGGUAUUACCAUCAAGUCUACUGCCAUCUCCCUGUACCACGGUGUCGACCCCGACGACGUCAAGGACAUCGUCGGCCAGAAGACCGAUGGCACCGACUUCUUGAUCAACCUGAUCGACUCCCCCGGUCACGUUGAUUUCUCUUCUGAGGUUACUGCUGCCCUCCGUGUCACUGACGGUGCUCUCGUCGUCGUCGACACCGUCGAGGGUGUUUGCGUUCAGACCGAGACUGUCCUGCGUCAGGCUCUUGGUGAGCGCAUCAAGCCCGUCGUCAUUAUCAACAAGGUCGACCGUGCUCUUCUCGAGCUUCAGGUCUCCAAGGAGGACCUGUACCAGUCCUUCUCCCGUACCAUCGAGUCCGUUAACGUCAUCAUCUCCACCUACUUCGACAAGUCCCUUGGUGAUGUCCAGGUUUACCCCUACAAGGGUACCAUUGCCUUCGGUUCCGGUCUUCACGGCUGGGCUUUCACCGUCCGCCAGUUCGCCGUUCGCUACGCCAAGAAGUUCGGUGUUGACCGCAACAAGAUGAUGGAGCGUCUCUGGGGUGACAACUACUUCAACCCCCACACCAAGAAGUGGACUACCAAGAGCAGCCACGAGGGCAAGCCCCUUGAGCGUGCCUUCAACCAGUUCAUCUUGGACCCCAUCUUCAAGAUCUUCUCCGCUGUCAUGAACUUCAAGAAGGACGAGGUCAACACCCUCCUCGAGAAGCUUAACCUCAAGCUCGCCAACGAGGACAAGGACAAGGAGGGCAAGCAGCUCCUCAAGGCUGUCAUGCGCACUUUCCUGCCCGCCGCUGACGCUCUUCUGGAGAUGAUGAUUCUCCACCUUCCUUCCCCCGUCACUGCUCAGAAGUACCGUGCCGAGACUCUGUACGAGGGUCCCUCCGACGACGAGGCUGCUAUUGCCAUCCGUGACUGUGACCCCAAGGGCCCUCUCAUGCUUUACGUCUCCAAGAUGGUUCCCACCUCUGACAAGGGUCGCUUCUACGCCUUCGGUCGUGUCUUCGCCGGUACCGUCCGCUCCGGUCUCAAGGUCCGCAUCCAGGGCCCCAACUACGUCCCCGGCAAGAAGGAGGACUUGUUCAUCAAGGCCAUCCAGCGUACCGUUCUGAUGAUGGGUGGCAAGGUCGAGGCCAUCGACGACAUGCCCGCCGGUAACAUUGUCGGUCUGGUUGGUAUUGAUCAGUUCCUGCUCAAGUCUGGUACCCUCACCACCAGCGACACCGCCCACAACCUCAAGGUCAUGAAGUUCUCCGUCUCCCCCGUCGUUCAGCGCUCCGUUCAGGUCAAGAACGCCCAGGAUCUUCCCAAGCUUGUCGAGGGUCUCAAGCGUCUCUCCAAGUCUGACCCUUGCGUUCUUACCUACACUUCCGAGUCUGGUGAGCACGUCGUUGCCGGUGCCGGUGAGCUUCACCUUGAGAUUUGCUUGAACGAUCUCGAGAACGACCACGCCGGUGUUCCUCUCAUCAUCUCCGACCCCGUCGUCCAGUACCGUGAGACUGUUGCUGGCAAGUCCAGCAUCACUGCUCUGUCCAAGUCUCCCAACAAGCACAACCGUCUCUACAUGGUCGCCGAGCCCAUUGACGAGGAGCUCUCCAAGGAGAUCGAGGCUGGCAAGAUCGGCCCCCGUGACGAUUUCAAGGCCCGUGCCCGUAUCCUCGCUGACGACUUCGGCUGGGAUGUCACUGAUGCCCGUAAGAUCUGGACUUUCGGUCCCGACACCACUGGUGCCAACUUGCUCGUUGACCAGACCAAGGCCGUUCAGUACCUCAACGAAAUCAAGGACUCCGUCGUCUCUGGUUUCCAGUGGGCCACCCGUGAGGGUCCCGUUGCUGAGGAGCCCAUGCGCUCUAUCCGCUUCAACAUCAUGGAUGUCACCCUUCACGCUGAUGCCAUCCACCGUGGUGGUGGUCAGAUCAUCCCCACUGCUCGUCGUGUCCUGUACGCUGCCGCUCUGCUUGCCGAGCCUGCUCUCCUCGAGCCCGUCUUCUUGGUCGAAAUCCAGGUUCCCGAGCAGGCCAUGGGUGGUGUCUACGGUGUCCUUACCCGCAGACGUGGUCACGUCUUCAACGAGGAGCAGCGCCCCGGUACUCCUCUCUUCACCAUCAAGGCCUACCUGCCCGUCAUGGAGUCUUUCGGCUUCAACGGUGACCUGCGCCAGGCCACUUCCGGACAGGCCUUCCCCCAGUCCGUCUUCGACCACUGGCAGGUUCUGCCCGGUGGCUCUCCCCUCGACGCUACCUCCAAGGUCGGCCAGGUCGUCCAGGAGAUGCGUAAGCGCAAGGGUCUCAAGGUUGAGGUUCCGGGUGUUGACAACGUGAGUUUUUUCUCCUUUCACAUGUUAUUGACGGUGAUGCUAACUAUUUUCAGUACUACGACAAGCUGUAAACGCCUUUCCCAUGGGUUAAUAGAAAAUGGCGUUGUGCUUUUUUGGGCACAUUUGAUGAACUGGGUUUGGUGGAUGAUAUCAAAAAUUAAAGAGCCCUGUUCUUUCCAUAGCUUUCGCGUAGUCUCGGAAUGA